GCAGUGCUGUAGGACAGCAGGCAAGUUGAGGGAGGGGACAUGGUGGCCUGUUGCAGUGCCACCCCAACACCAUGCUCUCCUUUCCUCCUCCAGCAGCAGAAGUGGUGCUGGGAUGUCAGGGCUUGGCUGGGCUGGACAAUGAAGGCAGGAACUUCCCCACAGCAACAGGGGCCUCACUGCUCUGUCUCUGCUUCUCCUUGGGCAGCUUCAGCUUGGCAAAGCCCAGCAGCUUCCCCUGGCCUUGGUUCUCCUGUGUGUUGGGCACACCUGGCUGAGAGGUGCCACAGUCACCUCAGCUCACCUCCACCUUGGACUCACUGCCCUGCAGAUCCUUUUGUGCUCUGGGCAGAAGAGGCACCUGUGGGUUCCUGCAGUGAGGCAGCCUCUGCCUGGCCUGGCGGUGGCCCCGGUGCCAUGUGCCCUGUGACAGGGUGUGCCCAGCUCCCCCGGGGCUGUGGGUGGCAGCUCUGCGCCCACGUGCUGCACAACAGGAAGGAAGAGGGAGGGAAGCAGAAGUGCUGUGCUGCAGCGCGGGGGCGAUCUUGGGGGAGAUUUUGGGCUGAACCCUCAUUUCCUCUGUGUGGGGCUCAGUGCACAGCCUCGGAGCUGAUGGGGCUCACCCCACGGUGAGUGCCCAUCGCUGCUGGGCCUGCAGCUCGCCCUCCCCUCACCACCCCAGUGUGUCCAGAUUCCCAAAUCCAGCAGCAGGUGAGCAGACGGAGCACCUGGGUCCCUGUCCUCUCUUGGAGCCCCCUGCUUGGGAGCGAUGGGGGACUGGAGCAUGCCCAUCGGCUCGCUGGGCGAGGAAGUGGUGGCCCGGCUGUGUGAGCUACUGGACAACGCCGGCCGGGGCUGGCGCAAGCUGGCCGAGCUGGCCGGGGCCGAGAAACGCUUCAGGUGCAGCGUGGAGGAGCUGGAGAUGUGCUCGCUGAAGGUGCUGGAGCCCCGCGGCAGCCCCACACAGUGCCUGCUGCAGCUCCUGGCCGAGCGCGACUGCACCCUCAGGUACCUGCUGGGCUGCCUGGAGCGCAUGGGGCACGAACAGGCCUGCCGGGUCCUCAGCGCCGCCGUCCAGGAUGUGAUUCGCAUCACGGUGCAGCCUGAGUCGCAGGUGAUGGCGGAGGGGACACAGGUGUCCCUGACCUGCUGUGCGACUGGCCCGCCAGGGCUCACGUACCAGUGGUUCUGUGGGAGGCAGGAGGUGCCUGGAGCCACAUCCCCAGAGCUGGUGAUCAACACAGCCACUCCCAUGGGCCAGUGGUACAUCUGCCGGGUGAACUGUGGGGCUACCUUCACCUUCUCCAGGUGGGCUCAUGUGCAGGUGGAGAAGAGCAGCAGCCCCAGCUCAGGUUGCCAGUGGCUACUGCCCGAGCAUGGCAGGGCUGCAGAUCCUGCGGCAGCCACGGCCGUGCCGCCUGGCCGAGGGGGACACGCUGGUCUGGAGUGCAGAGCCAUUGGCAACCCCCCACCCCAGUACCAGUGGUUCAGGAACCGGCGCCCCGUGGAAGGGGCACAGGCACCCCAGUUCCAGGUGAAGCUGGUGACAACGGCUGAGCGGGGCAGCUACUCCUGCCACGUGUUCAACCUCUUCCAUGAAGUGUGGAGCCAGGAGGUGGACGUGGAGAUUGGACCACGGCUCUUCACCUCUGGAGGCUCCUGGCAGGAUGGGGAUGGAGGCUUCCUGGAGCAUGGCAGCCCUGGACAGCUGUAUGCCACGGACAAAGUGGCGCUGCUGAUUGGCAACAUGCACUACCUGCACCACAAGCAGCUGCAGGCGCCCAUCGUGGAUGUUCACGCCCUGGGUGCCCUCCUCUGCCAGCUCGACUUCAAGGUGGUGUCGCUGCUGAACCUGCGCAAGGCUGAGAUGCAGAUGGCUGUCGAUGAGUUCCUCCUCCUCCUUGACAAGGGCGUCUACGGUUUGCUCUACUAUGCCGGGCAUGGCUAUGAAAAUUUUGGCAACAGCUUCAUGGUGCCCAUCGACGCGCCCAGCGCCUACACGUCAGAGCACUGCCUGUGCGUGCAGCGGGUGCUGCAGGAGAUGCAGCAGCGCCGCACCGGCCUCAACAUCUUCCUGCUUGACAUGUGCCGCAAGAGGAACCUCAAUGAUGACAUCAUCCCACAGGUUGGGGCGCUGGAGGUCACGGCCAACAUCGUCUUUGGCUAUGCCACGUGUGCAGAUGCCGAAGCCUAUGAGCUGAGCCAGGGUGAGCUCUCCAAUGGCAUCUUCGUCACCUUCCUCAAGCGCUGGCUGCUGGAGGAUGAGAAGAUCACGGUGCUGCUAGACAAGGUGGCUGAGGACAUGGGCACUCUGGAGAUCACGCGAGGCCGGCAGGCACUGGAGCUCCGCAGCAACCUGUCAGAGAGACGGGCUCUGACAGACCCCAUCCGCCCCCCGGGCCAGGAUGAGUCCUCUGCCAGGAACCUGCAGUGGGCCAAGGCUCACGUCCUGCCGGAGAGCCGGCACCUCCGCUUUGACUGCGGUGUCACCGUGCAGCUGGGCUUCGCUGCCGAGUUCUCCAACAUUAUGAUCAUCUACACGCGUGUGGUGGCUGCCCCCAAGGACAUCACCAAGUGUGAGGCCCGGCUCACUGAUAUUCCCGAGGAGCUGGAUGUGGACCUCAAGUGCACCAACAAGGAGAGCCCAGAGGAGCUGGGCAGCCCGCUGGCGCCCAUCUGGAGCCUCGGCUGCACCUCCUGCUGCCUCUACAGCCGGAUCUGUGGCUUGCAGAAGCUGCGGCAGGAGCUGGCCUUCACUGUGUGCCUGCAGUACCGCUACCAGGGCAUGGAUGAGUUCGUGGAGGAGCGGCAGCAGGUGAACGUGGGGCGGCCGCUCAUCGCCAAGCUCAACCUGCAGUGGGCAGCCGCCCCCUCACCAGCCCACAGCCCCCUCUGCCCCUCUGCCCCUGGGAGCUGGGGGGUAGGGGAGAGCUCAUGGGUCAACACUCCCGAGGAGAACCUGAGCCCCGAGGGCCCCAGCUCCCACACCCUGUAGAGGGACAGUGAGGCCCCACCCGCAUCACUGCAGUCCCCCGGUGCCAUCCCUGUCCUGCUGGGGGGCCAGGGGAUGGAAGGGGUGCAGGUGAUGUGCACGGAGGCUGCCCUCCAUCCUGGCUUCUGCCAAGGGGGGCAGGUCUCACAGCACAGCACGACUGGGACUGUGGGCCCCAGACGUACAUCCCUGGCUUGGCCACCCCCACAUCCCUGGGCAGUGCCAGUCCCAUGUCCCUGGGCAUGGCACUGCCACCCCCCCAUCCCUGAGCAGUGCCAGCCCCACAUCCCUGGGCAGUGCCAGCCCCACAUCUCUGGCUUGGCCACCCCCCCAUCCCUGAGCAGUGCUAGCCCCACAUGCCUGGGCAGUGCCAGCCUCACAUGCCCGGCCACCACCAGGCAGUGCCAGGGGCAGAGUGCCAGAGACCACGGCUCAGCGGGCUUGAGGCGUCAUGCCGGGGCAGGGCUAGGUUCGUUCAGGCCUGGGAGAAAUAGAGAGAAAUAAGCAGCUUAGGGGGCAAAUCCCGCGGGAGGAGAUUACAGGGAUGGGAGCGAGUGGGCUCCUGCUCGGCCACGAGGGAGUGGGAGCACCCCCUGGUACCCCCAGCGCUCCCAGCAGCUCCCACUCCUCACAGUCCAGCCACAAGAACCGGCCCCAUCUGGGCAGUGAGCGAUUUCAGGACAGGAUUGGAAUCUAAGGGUGAAAAAAAAAAGUAUUUUUGCUUGAGUUUUUCCCACACAAACUCCCACAUGCUGGGUAUCCACCGGGGAAAGCACCAAUAAAGUGGUCCGGCCAGGCGGCUCA